AUGUACUCCCUCCCACUCCUCCUCCCCUUCUUAAUAGCCCCUUCAGCGACCCUCCCACACCAACAAACCAACUCGCACCCGGAAACCAAGUCCCCCGACCUCACCCCCCUCCCCCUCGUAAUCUGGCACGGCCUCGGCGAUAGCUACCAAAGCAGCGGCCUCUCCGAAAUCGCCUCUCUUGCCGCCUCCACAAACCCCGGCACAUACAUCCACAUAAUCCACCUCUCCGAUUCCAGCACCGGCGACCGCCAAGCCUCCUUCCUCGGCAACGUAACCGAGCAAGUCGACUUCGUCUGUGAGCAGCUAUCCUCCGAACCGAUCGUCGGCACAGCACCCGCGAUCAAUGCGCUGGGAUUCUCACAGGGUGGACAGUUCCUCCGCGCGUACGUGGAGCGGUGCAAUGACCCGCCCGUGCGGAAUCUGGUCACCGUGGGGAGCCAGCAUAAUGGGAUUUCCGAGUUCCAGGAGUGUAUGGCGCUGGAUUUGAUAUGUAAAGGGGCGGAAGCGCUGUUGCAUGCGGGUGUGUGGUCGGAUUUUGUGCAGGGGAGGUUUGUGCCCGCGCAGUAUUUUCGGGAUCCGAGGGAUGAGGAGUCACUGGGAAAGUAUCUGGAGAGCAGCAAUUUUCUCGCGGAUAUCAACAAUGAGCGUGAGGGGUCGAGGAACGAGGCGUAUAAGAAGAAUCUGAAGAAGUUGAACAAGUUCGCGAUGCUGAUGUUCGAGGAUGAUAGCAUUGCCCAUCCGAAGGAGAGUGCGUGGUUUGCGGAGGUGAAUGGGACGACUGGGGAGGUGACGCCGUUGAGGGAGAGGGAUGUUUAUAAGGAGGAUUGGCUUGGGUUGAAGGAGUUGGAUGAGCAGGGGAAGUUGGAUUUUCUGGCACUGCCGGGGGAUCAUCUGCAAAUGGAGGAUAAGCAGUUGGUGAGGUUGUUCCAGGACUAUUUUGGGCCUGUGGAGGUGGAUUUGCCGGAUGUGAUGCCUGCGAAGGGUGCAAAGGGUGCUAAACAUGCUGAGAAGGUGCUUGUUCAGCAGUAUUGA